GUCUGAGAAGCAGCUGCCCCUCGUCACUCGGACGAAAGCCCCCGCGCGGUGACCGCCCCGGGUCCCGCCCCCGCCCCGCCCCCGCCCAGGUUCAUUACUGUGCCCCAGAGACACGCCAGCAGGGGACUCUGCAGGGACCGCGCUCCGGGGCCCUGCCGCUCUGGGGAUGGAGAGGACGGAGAGGUCGGAGAGGUCGGAGAGGAGGGCUCGGAGCUCCUCCAGAGAGGCCCACGGGAGAGGCGGCAGGUCCCCCCACAAGGACAACAAGAGGGCGAAGGCCGAGCGGGGCGGUGGAGGCCGCGGGCGCCGGGAUGCGGGGCGCGAGCCGCGGGACCUCGGGCGGGCAGGGAGGCCGGCGGAGCCGGAGCCCCGCGCGCCGCCCGCAGCCACCGUGGUGGACGUGGAUGAGGUCCGCGGCUCCUGCGAGGAGGGCACCGAGGUGGUGGCGCUGCUGGAGAGCGAGCGGCCCGAGGAAGGUACCAAGUCUUCUGGUUUAGGGGCCUGUGAGUGGCUUCUUGUCCUCACGUCCCUGCUCUUCAUCAUCGUGACCUUCCCUUUUUCCAUCUGGUUCUGCAUCAAGGUUGUGCAGGAAUAUGAGAGAGUAAUUGUACUCCGACUAGGACACCUGCUCCCUGGAAGAGCCAAAGGCCCUGGCCUUUUCUUCUUCCUGCCCUGCCUGGAUACCUACCACAAGGUUGACCUUCGUCUCCAGACCUUGGAGAUACCCUUUCACGAGGUUGUCACCAAAGACAUGUUCAUAAUGGAGAUAGACGCCAUCUGCUACUACCGAAUAGAAAACGCCUCUCUCCUGCUGAGCAGUCUCGCUCAGGUGUCCAAGGCGGUCCAGCUCCUCGUGCAGACCACCAUGAAACGCCUGCUGGCGCACCGGUCCCUGGCUGAGAUCCUUCUAGAGAGGAAGAGCCUCGCCCAAGAUGUAAAGGUCGCCUUGGAUUCAGUGACCUGUAUUUGGGGACUCAAAGUGGAGAGAACAGAAAUUAAGGACGUGAGGCUGCCGGCCGGGCUGCAGCACUCCCUGGCUGUGGAAGCCGAAGCGCAGAGACAGGCCAGAGUGCGGAUGAUCGCGGCGGAAGGGGAGAAGGCCGCCUCCGAGUCCCUGAGGAGGGCGGCUGAGAUUCUGUCAGGCACACCGGCUGCCGUGCAGCUCCGAUACCUCCACACCCUUCAGUCCUUGUCCACGGAGAAGCCCUCCACCGUGGUGUUGCCGCUGCCGUUUGACGUGCUGAAUUUCCUGUCUUCUCCCAGCAGCCGAACUCAAGGGAGCAUCCCCUUCCCCAGUGCUUCCAGACCAGUUGAACCACUGAAUCCUAAAAAGAAAGACUCCCCCAUGUUAUAGGAGGCGCGAAGGAUAAUGAGAAUGUGCAGGGGCCUGCCACGGAACAGCCACGUCCCCGAGUGUCCUCGCUUCCCGCCCUUCCUUCGGUCUCCAGGUAGAACGUCCUUGGAAUGUGUGAUGUCACCGUGCAUGAGAAGACUGUGACAUCACGUGGUGUCGGAGAAGCCAUGUAUCAAGUUUAAAUGGACCAUCCAAUCAGACUACUUACGGGAAAGAGCUUUAGCCAGCCUGCUACUUCGGAAAGGAUUUUGAGUCUAUAUAUGGCUAGACCCAGACUUCUGAAGAUGUGGUUCAAAGGUCCUUGGUGCUGUACGCCCUCUGGCCCUUCGGUGAGGUCUUUGCUGCCCCCAGGCCCCUUCCGCAGGCCCCUGUCAUUGUGCCAUCACACUGGAAUGUGCAGUCCUGGCUCGGGAUGCAGGCUUCCCUCCCUCUUUACUGGGAACCCAGAGGUACAGCUUAGGCACUUCCCCAACCACACUCA